AUGUGCUACGACCGCUACGUGUCCAUCUGCAAACCCCUGCACUACGGGACCCUCCUGGGAAGCAGAGCUUGUGCCCACAUGGCAGCAGCUGCCUGGGCCAGUGCCUUUCUCUAUGCUCUGCUGCACACAGCCAAUACAUUUUCCCUGCCUCUGUGCCACGGGAAUACCCUGGGCCAGUUCUUCUGUGAAAUCCCACAGAUCCUCAAGCUCUCCUGCUCCAAAUCCUACCUCAGGGAACUUGGGCUUCUUGAUAUUAGUAUUUGUUUAUUUUCCGGAUGUUUUUUGUUCAUUGUUUUCUCCUAUGUGCAGAUCUUCAGGGCUGUGCUGAGGAUCCCCUCUGAGCAGGGACGGCACAAAGCCUUUUCCACCUGCCUCCCUCACCUGGCCGUGGUCUCCGUGUUCUUCAGCACUGCAGCAUUUUCCUACCUGAAGCCUCCCUCCAUCUCCUCCCCAUCCCUGGAUCUGGCCCUGUCAAUUCUGUACUCGGUGGUGCCUCCAGCCCUGAACCCCCUCAUCUACAGCCUGAGGAACCAGGAGCUCAAGGCUGCAGUGUGGAGACUCAUUACUGGACAAUUAAAGAAACAUUAA